AUGGAGCUGCGACAGCCUUGUUUCUGUCAAGCUGCCGGGUUUGGCAACCCUCUGCCAUUGAGUCAGGUUGUGACAUACCCAAUAUGGUACAUCUACACCGCCAUCCUGAGGCUUUUCAGGAAUCCCCAUCCUGCGAUUACUCUGAAGGAUCCUGAAGUGAAGUAUGCAUUGAGGCUGAUUGAUAAGGAGGAAGUUAGUCAUGACACAAGAAGAUUUCGAUUUGCUCUCCCUUCCAUGGAUCACGUUCUGGGUCUCCCUAUAGGACAGCAUAUCUACCUGUCUGCACGUGUUGAUGGAGCUCUGGUUGUUAGACCUUACACUCCAGUUUCCAGUGAUGAUGACAAAGGCUACGUGGAUCUUGUUGUCAAGAUCUACUUUAGAGGUGUCCAUCCAAAGUUUCCUGAUGGAGGGAAGAUGUCUCAGUACUUAGACAGCCUGAAAAUAGGGGAUACUAUUGACUUCAGGGGACCAAGUGGCCUACUUGUCUACAAAGGAAAAGGCGAGUUUGCUAUUCGGCCUGAAAAGAAAGCAGAACCAGUUACUAAGAAAGUGAAAUAUGUGGGGAUGAUUGCAGGUGGGACUGGGAUAACACCUAUGCUGCAGAUCAUUCGAGCAAUCAUAAAAGACAAAGAUGACCCUACCGUUUGUCAGCUGCUGUUUGCUAAUCAGACUCAGAAGGAUAUCCUGUUACGUUCUGAGCUAGAGGAGAUCCAGGUUGAGAAUCCCAGUCGCUUUAAGUGUUGGUACACGCUGGACAGACCACCUGAAAAUUGGGAAUACAGCGAAGGAUUUGUGAACCAAGAAAUGAUCAGAGACCACCUGCCUCCACCUCAGAACGAUGUUCUGAUCCUCAUGUGUGGACCUCCUCCAAUGAUCCAGUAUGCUUGCAUUCCCAACCUGGACAAGCUGGGCUACACCAAGGACAUGAGGUUCUCCUUCUAAAGAAGACUGAUAAUUCCGUGGUCUUGUGUAGAAAGGAAGAAAAAGUAUGUAAUGGGGAACAGGACAAACAGAAACGGCUGAUGCACAGUGCUGGGAAGCUACAUUUACAUUAAAAAUGCUUAAUUUUUUCUGAACCUCUGGCAAGUAAGACACGUACACUUAACUGUACUAAACC